GAUCAGUUUAAUGUGAUACCAUCGGCCCGUUCGGAUGUGUUUUUCGCGGUGUCCUCGCGUUGCGGUUUUCCCCCUAAAGGCGGUGGUCCCGUCAGUGUGUGCAUCAGCUGUGUGUAUUAAGCAAAGCUUGAAAAUCUGGUUCUCACUGGUCGCGAGAAAGCCUACGCACAUAUUGGAUGUUUGCUCGGUAACCUCAGACCACACGUCUGGGUCUAUAGAUUAGUACCGUUUGAAGUAUUGCCGUAGGCUUGGAGUGAAAGUCGACCAAAUCUCAGCGUAAGACGUGACGGAACGCCCAUAAGGUGGUUGGUUUUUUUUGCUACCCUGAAACGGUGCACGGAUCACAUAAGGAUAGGAUGCCUUGAGUUGAAAAACGGAAAAUUGUGCGUGAGUGUGUAUGUGUGUGCGUGUUGGCAAUUUGCAUUAAACACAUUUUUGAUCAGCGAAAGUGCGGCCUGCUGCGAUGCUGGCGGAUGAAAGGUGUCAGUAAAGAAGAUAAAAAUAUGAGUUUCGAGUUGGGAACUCGUUGGGAAGCGUGAUUUUGUGUGUGAGUUCGAGAGUGAAAAAUCUUGCGUUCGCGGUGGAAGCUCUGCAUGUGACUAAAAAGAUCAAAAGCGAGAAACAGCUAGGAUAUUAAAAGACAGGAGAAAGCAAAAAAAAAAAAGAACCGUAUCCCGGCAGCAAAGUUACUCGAAACCGACUCAAGGAUAGCACGAUCCGUGCCGAAGUGACCCCGGGAAAGCCCUAUCAUUAUCGUCGUUUUAUCAAAGCUUACAUUUUUAAUGACGAUCUGACAGCUUCUGUUCGGUGCCAAACGGAAACCGGUGAUUGUGCUAGAAAGUUGGUGGUUAACCGUGUCCCUUUCGAGCAGCUCAAACUGACUGACUGAACUCAAUGAAUGACAAGCUGAAGGCAAUGAGAAUUAAGGCGGCCACAUACCUGAUCCUUAAUAUUAAUGAGUUUUCGAACUGAAGGGAGGGGUGGAAUCUUUCCCGGAAUUUGCUUAGUUUAGGACUUUGAAUUAUUGUCAGUCUCAAGUUCGAAGCGAGAAGUGAUAGACAAAGUUUAUUUUAACUUAAAGUACGCCAAAAAUAAAAUAAAAACACGUGCGCGUAAUUGUGGAAAGUGAUUUGCUUCGUUUACCGACCGGGGUGUACAAAGAAAUAAAGUAAUUAUUUUGCUACCAGGUUUUUAUGUGUGCCCCUGUAAGGAACGGGAAAAAGUUUCGUAAGACAUGUUCUUCGAGUUACAGGUGAAUUUCCCUCGAGACGAACCCCUCAAAAGUUCCGCUUAAACAAUGUGAGAAACAAUCGCCUGAACUGGGGGAAAACUUUUGUGACACACUUAAGUGGGAAGAGAUUUAAUUCCAAACGUAAAUCCCACAGCGGAUGAUGUUGCUCCAACUGAUAGACUCCGUGGGAAAGUAACCACACUGUGAAAAAGUUUUUGCUGUGUUCAAAGGAAAGGGCGCCAAGCAGGAAAAAAUUAACGAAAAAGGCAACCCAAAUGUCGAAUGCAUGAAACAUAAUGGAUUACCUGGGCAACUUAAAAUGGACCUCUACAGACGAUUGAAGGUCUUCCCGGUCGUCGCCUUAACAUGGGUAUGCUUUGCUGCAAUAUGCUGUGUUAAUUUGACGGAGGCGAGAAUUGGAUACUUCUGGCAUAUAACGGAUUUACAUUUCGACUCGUACUACACCACCAAGGGAGAUAUUUUUCGAAGUUGCUGGUACAACGAACACCACUCCAGUACGAGUAACAUCAAGCGGCCCGGGACAUUCGGCGACUACAUGUGCGACAGUCCAUGGAGUCUACUGGAAUCGGCUACCCAAGCGAUGAAAUCCAAACAGGGCGAUAACGUUGAGUUUGUGCUGUGGACCGGCGAUGGCUUAUCACACUCGGCCAAGCGGUUACACGAGACGAGCCGGCUGGAGCUGCUGCGGAACAUCACCGAGCUGAUGAGUCGUACCUUUCCAUCGCAGUUCGUCUUCCCGGUGCUCGGUCACGAGGACGGUAGUCCAAACUUUGUGCAGCUGGGUGAACUGUGGCGCCACUGGUUACCAUCGGAGGCACUGCAGACGUUCGAGAAAGGCGGUUACUACACAAUCGAGCAGACCAAGAGCCGCCUGCGGAUAAUAGCUUUAAACACCAACUACAUGCGCCACGACGCCAAAUACUCGCAGUCGCACUCGUCGGCGGUGAAACAGCGACCGGAUGGGUCGAUCCAUUAUACCGGUGGCAUCGGUCACGGGUACGAUCGGGACCAUCACAUGGGCCUCGGUAAGCACUACCAUCGGGACUAUAGCAGCGUGCCCGGUGGUGUGGGGAGCCCCGGGGGUUAUCCCGUGUACAGUGAUAGAAGGAAUAGCUAUAGCAGCAGUAGUAUCGUAGAUGGCGGCGGCAGCAGCAGCAGCAGCAGCGGCGGCGGCAGUAGUGGAAGCAGUAGCAGCAGUAGCAACGGUGGCCACGUCAGUGCAUUAUCGGGAUCAAGCAGCCACGAGUCGGAGAAGCAGUGGGAGUGGCUCGAGGAUGUGCUAGCGAAAUCCAGUAGAAAUAAAGAAACUGUAUAUAUAGUAGGACACAUACCACCAGGAUCGGAUGAGCGUCAUAUUGGCCACUCGAUGCCGUACGGACACACGAGCUUCACCGAGAAAAACAACCUGCGCUAUCUGCGGCUGGUGAAGAAGUACUCGUCGAUUAUUCAGGGACAGUUUUUCGGCCAUCUGCACUCGGAUUCGUUCCGGGUUGUCUAUAAUGACAACGGAAAACCGGUCUCGUGGAUGAUGAUUGCCCCCUCGAUAAGCCCCCGGAGAAUGGGCGAGUCGAACAACCCAGCGAUGAGGUUGUACAAAUUCGACACCGAUACUGGACAGGUCUUGGACUACACCCAAUACUAUCUGGAUCUGGCACAAGCUAACCUUCAGGAGGAGGCAGUGUGGAUUCCCGAAUACAACCUAACAACGUACUAUUACGGCCUAGGAGAGGUUUCGUCGGUGGCGCUGCACAACUUGGCCGAUCGGUUCACCAAUGCGGAUGAUACACAGUUUAUGAAAUACUACCGCGCCAACUCGGUCCGCCACUCGACGCAGUCCUGCGAGGGGGUCUGCCUGCUCAAUCACUACUGUGCCAUAACGCGACUGGAUUACCGCGAGUUCCGCAGCUGUCUGGAGACGGCCGCCAAGGCAAUGGCUUCCAAAAAUGGUUCCGCCGGAACGCGCGCUAUCACUAUGAUUCCCCUGCUGGUACUACUCUCAUUGCUCAUCGGUGGUUGCCGUUGCUGUUCCACCGUCGAUCUUCUGUGGCGUACGGUUCGUGUUGUGCUGAUCGCUAUAACAACCUUCGUGACGACUGCUGCUGCACUGGCUGCCACCGGUUCGUCACCACACGGUAACGGAUAUCCUGCAGUCUCCGGCGGCGACGGUCAUCGUUAUCGCCCCUAGAGAGAUUAGUGGCCACAUCGUGAUUGUGCGUAGCUUUUCCUUUUGUUUUCCCGCGUUCGCUGCAAACGAUUGUAAAAAAAAUGGAAAUAUUUUGCGUAUUCAUUUAAUUUAUUGAUUUUUUGCCGGUUCACUUCAUCUCGAAUAACAAAUUACUGUGGAACCACACCGGGGCCGCGGUCGAUGUGAAACAUGAGUGUUAUCGCUGGUGUGCGCUAGUGCUGCGGGAGAGAGAGAGAGAGAGAGAGAGAGAGAGAAAUAUGCCCGGAAAGCAUCCCCGGAUUGAAGGUGCAAAAACCGGACAAUAUAGAACAGCGCUUUUGUGGUUUACGUGUCCAUAGCACCUACCAAAGCACCAAAGCCGCCAGAGGCUAGCUGGGAGGGGACACGCGAAAAAAGCAGCGUUACCGGUCACUGGUAAAUUUAAACAAAUGUAUGCCAGCAAAUUAUUUUUUGUGUAAACGAUAACAGAAUAUGCCUGGGAGCGCGCAAAAACGAGGAGGGAUUACUGCGGCCUUGCUGCUAUUAGCGAUGGGUUUGCACUUUUUUUUUCUCCGCCUGCUUCGCUUGUUAUUCUGGACGGAUUUGGAGGCUUGCUUGCAGCUCUGGCCAUGAUGAUGAUGAUGAUGAUGAUGAUGCUGAAGCUGCCGCUUCGUUGACCGGUUAUCCCCCCAGUGAAGUUUCGUCGGUCUGAUCAACAUCAUCAUCGUCGUCAUCAUCAUCAUCCGCAUCGUCGUAAUAACCGGCCGCAGUCAGGUUCGAACCAAGUCAACAUCCGUUGAUAAUCCCUCCCGGGAACUCCGAACCGAAUGAAGUCGCUACGGAUUUUGUUUGCGUCCUGUAAUUGGGAUGUUGGCUCUUUUGGUUUUUUUUUCGUCAUCAUCAUCAUCAUCAUAAACUCGGAAGCGUCAUAGAGAAUGAGCGAAUGAAACGCAAACGAAGAACUGAUAUGUUAUUUCGUUGCCAUUUUUUUCGGCAGCGAAAAAAAAGUUAAAAGAUUGUCCAGUCGCAGAGUUGAAACGGUACGGCUCCGUGGGAUUGCUGCGUUGAAUAAUGCAAUUAUGUGGGUGGGCUUUACUGUGGGGGCUCAGGAUGGCGAACAAAAGAUCGUUCGCUUUGAGAGGAAUUCAUAGAAAAAAAUGAUUUCAGAACUCGUGUUUUAAUUAAAACUUGGAAUCAUUGCUUUGCUCGAAGUUAUUUUAUAGAAAUCAAUGUUUUUUGAUAGUAGUCAAGAGUAGAUCCACAAAAAAAGUUCUGGGAAGAUAAAAUGGGAAACCCCGGUGACGUAAGACAGAUCAAAGCCAGUAUAUACAAAUUUCGUAAAAAGCUUGUAAAACUUAAACAUAUAGAGUAUUUGAGGCAUGGUUAGUUUAAAAAGAUUUCUUUAAUUGUAUCUAAAGACCCUUUAACAAUAUGUCGCUCGGGUAUUUUUGUACAGCUUAGUAGGUUAAUUUUUCUAGUCGGCCUUCCACAAUAAUCACUUUGUUGUAUUCUCGUGGCAUCGAGAAAACGUAGAGUAGGGUUUGUUACGGUUGCAGCUUUCUGUUAUAGUCGCUCAAUUUGAUUCAUUAAGAGAUGGUGUUUCGGUAUUACUCCAUCGUUUGCGACCUUUGAACUUCUUUUUUUUCCAGGAUUCCUGCGACGUAGUGCCACAUUCGUCCUCCUAUAUUCCAAGUGCCUAACUUGUCAAGGAUUAAUCGUCUCAAUCACGUAUCAUGCGCUUUCUAUUUAUCCUAGAAAAAAUCUUGGGCGAAACAUUUCCAAUUCAUGGCCUCUAUGCAAAAUCUCUUCCGGCUCAGUGGUCUACGGUAGAUCUUCCCUAUUCUAAGAUCGUCUGGAGUAUGUGGAACAGUCGCUUGUUUAUCAUUCGCUCAAAGAUCUUUCCUACGCAACUGUUGAGAUAAAUUUGACGGUGGUGUCCUCAUUGCUGAUUCCACCUUUUUAUUCAACCAUGAAACUUAUUUCUGUUCUAAACACCCAGAUGUCACUGAAAUGCAUAUUUCCACUGAUUCAAUAAACUCUUCGGUAAUUUGCUCCAUUAGCUAGUCGGAAUCACCUUUUGGAUGAUUGUUAAACGGGGCCUUUAUCAAUCUGGUUCCCAAUCUUCGUCGAAUGUUGAUUUACGUACAAUGGGGUUCGCGAGAUCGUUCUCGGAAGUUUAAUAAGUAAAUCUCCGAUCAACUGUGUGAACCAACAAGUGACAUCGAUACGAGAUCCUUUUCCAGUUCUCUGGUUAACAUACAUUGGUUCUCAAUGGUUUAGAAGUACAAGAUCACACUUCCCGAAGAUUUCCUAAAAACUGUUCCUCUGGCACUGCAGAAUUCAGAUAGAUUCAGAAUGGUACCCGUUUGUGUCGUUCUGUUUUUUUACAAUUAUAGCCUCUAGAUGACUUGCUCUUCACUGGCCGUGCCGAGCGGGGAGACCAUUAUUUUUUAUCGGUACCUAAAAGCGAAUAGCACGCAAGCAUUUUUAACUCACGCUGAAUGCGAAAAGAGCAUCUGUGCUGCAAAAACUCGAUAACUGGUCCGAAAAUAUGUGACUUCCACUUCUGAGAAAUAAUUGAGUUUAAAAAUAUCUAAAUCAGCAUAUUUACUAUCAUUUAAAAAUAAAAAAUCAACAGAUCCCGAUUGGCCAAGAUUUCACAAAUUCGGUGGUCUCGCUUGGACUCUCAAGGAAUCUUCUGACCAAACAAAAUGCUCGAUGUCUUGAUAACCAGUACCACACACGAUUAGUUCACGAUCAAUGAUCCCAAAAAGAAAUAAACGUGCAUAGUUUAUAAAGCCAGCGAACGUAGAUGAUCUGAACCUCGAUUUCGGGCAAUGCGCAAACAAUGAUACUGUAUUCGUUCCACGUUGCUAAUAUGAGUGUUUGCGGCAGUACAUACUCAGUUACUGAGAGUAUAAUUAUAUGAUACAACCUUUGUAAGUUUUCCUAGCGAACACCCUACCAAGAUUAAAUUAAUGUGCGAAUAAAAUUAAUUACUUGUUGGCAUCCCGAUCAGAAUGAAAUAACAAGAUUAUAACAGAACACAAUUUUUGUAACAUAUUGUGUUAUAAAUUAGGUCUCGUUAGUAGUUAAAAUAACAGAAAUUUAUAACAAGUAAUAAUGCGAGAUAUAAUUUUGAAAUAUUUCUGUUAUGUGUUUCUGAUCGGGAUUUAGUCCUGAUGUAUCCUCUUCAAAUGUAUUUAGAGUACAUAAAUGCGAAACAUCAGCGAUAAUUCUAUCCACUGUUAGAAGCUGAAGUUGAGCUGGAUCACGCUUCAUUGAAAUCCAGCUCAAUUUCGAUCUUGAAGAACUCCAUACGCGAAUUUACAGCCAAAGUGAAAAAAAUAUUCAAAGAUACCUUGCAUUGUUUUUUUUUACAAAUUUGUAGUUCUGUGAUAGAAUCCACGCCAUAAUUCGCCAUUUAUGUUGGUGUUUAUGAGUUGGCAAGAUAUUUAUCAAUGCUAUUCAGGUAUAAUUUGGAAAAAAGAGGUUUAAACAAGAGCCUUGUCGAAACAAGAAAUUAUUCGAAUAGUUUUCGUUGUAAGCAGCGCAAACAAAUUAAAUUUUGUGAAAGGCAAGCAGAAUUCAAUCGGCCGAUACGAAUUGUGGCAGGAAACUAGUCAUCCCGAUUUGUGAAUAACAAUUAAUGUUACAUCUGCAGAAACCAGUUGUAUAAAUUCAAUUAUCGACUCUUUGCUGGAUCAGGUAAGAUACUUCAAAGAAUCUAGUUUGAUUCUGUCUGACCCAACUGUAACAGCAUAUAUUUUAUUUUUGAUAGGUUCAAGGAACGAAGGUUUUCGUUGAAAACGUCGUUAGUGAUUUUAAAUCCGAUUCAAUGUCACGCACAAUAUGCAGGCAGUUAUUGUUCGGGUAAAACAACGCUGUGUCAUCUGCGAAAAGACGAGGAGUCCUUUUCAACCCGAGUCUACCUAGGUCAUUGAUGUAUAAUAAAAAUAACAGUGGCCCUAUAUUACUGCCUUGAGGCACUCCUAUUUCUAUCGGUCUAUAAGAGUCUGCUCCAAUAGAUACGAAUUGGUUUCUAUACGACAGAUAGCUUUGAAUAAUCUGAUUUGCUAAUCCCCUGAUACCAUAGCAUUCUAACUUCAUAAGUAAGAUUGAGUGAUCCAGAGUAUCGAAUGCAUUUUAGGUCCAGAAAAAGGGCACCAACAAUUCUUUUGCCUUCAAUUUGACUAAUGAUGGAGUCAAUUAGUUCGGUCAUUACAAUUAAAGUGCUGCAGCCCUGUCUGAACCCGUACUGGUAGUGAUAAAUUAUGUUGUGUUUGUUCAAAAAUUCGAGUAGUCGAGUGAUGAGCAAUUUCUAGAGAAUUUUAUUGAAAAUGCACAAUGUUGAAAUAGGUCUAUAGUUGCAAGGUAGGUUUGGAUCACCAGCUUUGAAAAUUGGAACUAGUCGGGUUAUUUCUAAACAUUAUAGGUACCUACCGGUUUGAAUUAUUAAAUUAAAAGCUUUGGUUAGGAUUUUUGCAAAAGUGGUACAGUUACUCCUUAGAACACUAACGAGAAUCUUAUCAGGACCACAGCUGUUAUUUUUUAGUCUCAGUGACUCUAAUAUUAUUGCAAAUUAGGCUGAUGGGAACAUCCGACUUUGAACGACUAAAAUAGUAUUAAUAUUAAUAUUAAUGCCAUUUUUGGUCGUUAUUGACUCUUUGAAAGUAAGCUCUAAUUAAAAUAUCACGAUGACAUGACCAGAAAUUACGAAAAUCGUGACUAAGAUCCUAAAAUCAUGAACAUUAAUCCCGCUAGUCUGACAAAAAAUCCGAGAGAAAACUCAUGAAAAAUCGCGAAGAAGCCAUGUAUAUAUUCGAGGCGAACUUGUUUUUUGAAAAUACAAAUAGUUUUAUGGCUAGGAGGUUUAUUAUUCAUAAUUUCAAUAACUUGGUCACGGUUUUCGUAAAUUGCUCAGUUAAAGAAAUCAUGACCUUUUGUUCGUGAAUUUAUGAACGGAUUUUUUUUCCGUUUAUAAUCUAUUUUCUUCAACGACCAUGUCUCAUAUCCAUACAGAGCAACAGGGAGUACCAGCAUGUAUGGAGAAAGAUUUGUACGUGUCCGUAGACUACGGGACUUCAGCUGAAUACGCAAAUCGUAGAAGAUUCCAUUUAUAGUCUUUAACCGCAUUUUUUUCUCACGUUAUCACAUGUCACUCCAAGAUAUAUGAACUCGUCGACAACCUCUUACCGCGUUCAUUUCUAUCUCGGAACACGCACCGUUCUGGCGACUUGGUUCUCUUUCAACUACAAAUUACUUUAUUUUGUCAGAGUUUAUACCCAGUCUGAUAUUGGCAGCUUCUCUUUUAAAAGGCACAAACGCCUCUUCCACUGCUCUACGAUCGACUCCAAUGGUGUCUAAGUCAUCCAAAAAUCAAGAAGCAUGUCAGAUCUUUUAAUGAUUGUACCAUACUUUUACACAGCAGUUUUUGCCAUCGGACUUUCAUGAACAACAAAUCAGGAAGAGCAUCGCUCUGCUUCAAUGCAUUGACCGUAACUAAUGAGUAGGAUGUCUCUUUGGUUAUUUUGUAGCAUGGUAUCUGAAUCGUACACUGUCCUGAAAUCCACACACAGGUGAUGAGUUCGCAAGUUGUAUUACCAAAAUACAGAUGGGUCUUCUAAGGAACAACUACUGACAUCGCGGGCCAUUACUUCGCUGAAUUGGUGCAAAAAGUGUAAAAUUAAAAUUCCAGAAUAAAAUUCUAACUCCAACCAGCAUGGAUAACUGAAUAUAGAUAUCCUAACAACUUCGUCGAUUAUGUUCAAAGUUUUCGAAGCUGGAUUCAAUAACUUCAAUUAUAGUUAUAGGGUCCAAUAAUAUUUAAUGAAUUAGUUUUGCAACGAAGAAAUAAUCUAUGUUUUCAACCGAGAGUUGAUAUUGGCUCCAAACAGGUGGCAAUGGCAUUCCCCAUUUAUCUUCAUGAGAGAAAAUCUCCAAAGUACAUUCUAGGAAUUCACGUUGCUCUGUUUUCCAAAUGAACUAACUUUACGAACUUUAAUUUAUUUUCUAGAUUGAACACCUGUCAAUUUUAGUAGAACUAUAAUUUGGAAUUCCUGCUCAAAUGCACCAACCGACUCCGGUUCAACAGAAAUCCGUAGACCUACGGAGAAAUCCAGAGGGUUGGCCAUCCUGUGUCGAUUUAAAAGAGUCGGAAAAGACUCAGCAGUUUAACGAGGAAGUUCGACUGUUGGUACGCCCGGACACCACAGCAGAGUCAACUGAGUAUGCGUUACUAAAUACGGAGCCACUUACUUUUCCUUACGUUGCUGUCUGCAGUUCAAACGUAACGUGAGCUCGUUCCGAUCUGCGCUGCAGAGAAUUCGCUAAAACUACUUGUCUGUACACCUUCUCGAUGUCCGUAACCAGAGCGAUUCGAUACAUUUGAAUCAUCACAAUGUGAAGUAGAUCUUUCUGAGCUAUGUGUCCGAUCAGAAGCGUAUCGUGGAGCAAAAAUUCUAACACCCUUUUUCAGGACUUGUCGAAUAGUACCCUAACCUUCGUUGUGAUGCUUGCCACCUUUAAAAUCGGAUGAUUUGGAGAAUAACAGUAUUACUUCACGCCUCUAGAAUCACUCCCCUUCACAUCGAUUUUCUUUGGAAAAUUAUAGCUUCAAACUCUCAAAAACUGCGAAGCAAUGCGGCUCCCAAAUCUUCAUUGAAAAUGGAGAGAUUAUAGAUCCGGGGAAUUCAGGUCGAUCUACUCGAUGCGGUAUCAGGGACUACCCAUCCGACUGGCAUUUCAACUACCCUGUGAAAAUCGUAACCGAGCGAGUUAUUCCUAUUAGUAUGGAGUUCCCAAGUGGCCUCACUUACAAUGGGGUAGAGAUUUUGACGUAGGACUACGUCUUUGUUUUCGAUAUGGGGGUGCACGUUGCAAAUUCAACAAAAAUGGUAUGUAACGAAAAGUGGUCCAAUUUUAAACGCUUUUAAUUCAGCCAUCUUACGGUAAAUUUUCAAAUUUUUUUCGCAUAUCGCUCAGAAAUACUUCUAAGAAUAGAUUCCAAUAGAUAAAACCAAAGAUUUUUGAUCUCAUGGCAUUAAAAUUUUAAAUAAUGUUCAACAUAGUUAAAAUACCACGCAUUUGCACACAGAAGGCUGCGCUUCCCUAGUCUGGCACGACAGAUUUAUGUACCUAACGCGCAACGCUUCUAUGAAUGACGUCAUCAUCAACUAUUUAAAGAGCAUAUUUGGUAGGACAAGCUCAGUUGCCUCUUGGACAGCAGGCAGAGCAGAGCACAGCGCUGCAUUCUCCCACCGCCAGUGUAGCAGAGGCUAGCGUCGUGGUACUAGUUGUCUCUUUCGCACCACCCAUCAUCACCAGCGUUGACUCAUUUUGUUUGGUGCGUAUCUUCCAUUCGUGUAUGGACACGAUGUACUGGCACAGCUUUUUGAUUCAAGCACGGUAAACCGUUCGCUUGUGUAGGUAUAUCCAAGUGUUGCGUGUAUGAUAGAAAUCUGAGCUUUCGUUGCGCGAAGCGAAAACCUUCGGGUUUUCUUUGCAUUGUCGUCUCCAUGACAGGCUAAGAAAGUGCAACGAAGGCUUAUUAUUUACGUUUCAUCAAUUUAUUGAUUCCACGAGAUUCAUUUCCACUCAACCUAUCCCACUUUGAUUCUACCAAUACAUAGGUACUACAAAGCCUAUUUAUGAAUGGAUGCAUUGUUACUCAAAAAAUCGCUGCAAAAAAUGCAUCUAAGUCCAUCCAUAAAACUAUUUUCGAUUCUUGUAUAUGUUUUGCUUCGAUAUAUGAUUAAGACCACUGCAUUCGCUACAUUUAUGUGUACUUUAGGAAAAUUACAAUAACGGCAAAAUAAAACUAUAAAGCUUGUCCUAUAGAAGAACUGUGACUGUAUUGUCUAAAACAUGAUUUUUAGGCAUCGGUCUGGUUGUUUACAGCAUACAAUAGAAAACUUUUUAAAAUUUUAAAGCAGUUCCAGAUAUUAGUUCGGUUUUCCAUCGCAGUUUUCUGUCUGCUUUCUUUAAUCGGAUUCGAUCGCUCAUUGUAAAUAAAGUGACCUGAUGAGCAAGACGGUUUGAUUCAUGAAGUGAACUGUAGAAAGAAAUGUUUGAUUAAUUAUUAAUCCAAAUGUAAUAAGAAAUUAAAUAUUUCACAUAUUGCAGUCUUACGUCUACAAUUCGUACAACCCCAUAGGGCUGUCCCUUGUAGUUUUUUUUCUGGGGCUUGGAACCGCAAAUCUUCUUAUCCAAUCUGCGGAAAUUACAACGCCAACACAUUGACUACUUCAGCUAUUAAAAUUAAUUUCAAACGCAUUGAACUUGAAUUAUACAAAUUAAGGUGACUCAAUUUUUACAAAAUAUAAAAAUACUUUGUUCAAUUUGAUUAAAAGUAGCUGGUUGAAACAAUGAAUUGAAUGAAAAACAGUAAUUUUAGCUACUGAAUGUGGGUGAACUUACUGAUUAUCAAAGUUGCAAGCGAACACUUUUAUCAUUAACUUUCUAAUUUUGUUCUUUAAAUAUUACAUCAAUAUUGGAAACAAAAAUAUGUAAUGAUUACUUCGAAAGAUGAUGAAAGUUACCCCGGCUUACGGUAGUCAGAAACCUUCACAAAUACAGUGGCACACUGUUGAAUAGAAGAAUCUUCACGCUAAUCGGUUCUCGUUAUCGUUGUUGCAGUAGGCCAUGCAUUUUCGAGUGGAAACAUCAAAGCGGAAGGAUCAACUUGGACCAUUUAUAUUUGUGAUGGGAUGUUUGAGGUUAAAUUCAUAUGUUUAAUUUAAAAAAAUCUGCAAUUUUUUCUCAUUAUAAUUAAUUUGUGAUUUUUUUUUGUGAGACAUGUCCAACACAGUUUUAAUAAGAUUUUCUACGAAAUCUCUCUAAAUCUGUCUUAUUUCACCGGCAUUUCUUAAUUUGUUUUUCUUGUCAGAAAAUCAAAUAUGUCUGUGAAAAUUUCUGGCUUUUGGACUAUUCUAUAAAGGUUCUAUAGAAUUUGAAAUCAUUAGGAAAUAAGUUAUUGACCUGAACUUGUGAUACGUAGCUCGCCAUUCGAUUAUACCUCGAGAACGAAUCAUUCUUAGUGUCCAAGAAUAUUACACUAACUUGCAAUUGUUCAAAUCGUUAGAAAUGGGAUAAAGAAUGUUACGAAACAGUCUGUUAAAAUUUUGCUUAGUUGUAAAAACAGUUACCUAACUCUUUUCUCACGCUUAGGUUACUUUCAAAAAAAUGUAUUGCCAAACUCCGGCGACUUAUGAAGAUUCAUUGUUUCACCACAUCGAUACUGCAGUAAGCGAAGCAUUCAAUAAUCCAGCGCAAAUGUUCACAUUUGCCUCCGAAAGACAGUCGACAACCGACAAUAAAUCAGCUCCACGGAAUCUGCCGUUAGAAAAGAUUACAUCUUCCGCAAAAUUGAACUGGAAUUAAAUCCGUUUCUCAGUGUACACACACACACUUACAAAAGGGUGACCAUUUAUAGCUAAACUGAGCUAGCCGAAUUAAAACGCUCUACCAUUAAGACAUACCGUAGAAGAAGAUGAAAAAAAGCGUCCAGUCCAUUUGGAGAGCACAGAAAAGUACCACAUAAAUCUUGCGAAUGGCUUUUCGUUUCUAAACCCGAACGUGGAAGCAGUGCUGACCGGAGCGGCCGCAGUAAGACCCCCCCAGUCGCCUCGUAAGAAAUGAACGUAUCGAGCUGGAAUUAAAACCGCCGGCAGGAAGAAAAUGGGUUAAGAUAUAAAUAAACGGCGAUAGAGACAGAAAGAGAGAGAGAAAGUGAAGGUAGAAAAACUAGUUGAUUCAACAUUAUUUAUUUUUGCUAAAACGAGGGAAUUUAAUGUGAUAAAACUGAUUGAUCGGGAAUCUUAAAAUUAAAUGACGCGAAGCAAAACGGAUCGGUCGGAAUGGAAAUUUAUGGUAAUGGCCAUCAGAAGGGAUGCAAUGUAAAUACUCUCUACACCCGGCCGGCUCUCGAAGCAUGGCAGAGAACGAUAGCUAAUUAUGUGAAUGUUUAUUUUUUCUUUCGCUACGACUAUUCGGAAUCUGAAUGCAAAAUAUUUAUACAUAAUGCCAAGUGUUUUUUGUUUGGGGGCCUAUAAGUAUAGAAAAACUCAUGCAAAAUCAAAGUUUAAAAAUGUAAAUCUAGCUGCUUAGGUAAGGUGAAAAAAAUGUGUAUAAAUCUAACAGGAAACUCGAUUUUAGCUACUGACUGGUGUUUGUCUGGAGACAGACGGAAAAAGAGAGAAAUGGGAUAUUAGAACUAAUCUAAUCCGAAAAAUUCAUACCAAUUUGUUGUCUGUUUGGAGGCGAUCAUAUUUUACAUAAAUCCCAUUAACUAGAUUUUAUUAUCCGGACCGCGGAGAAACAGAAUCCCUAGGAGAAAUUAACAAAUAAAUGAAGGAUUUUAGGAAAGCUAGAACCGUUUGGUCAAAUACCAAACCCUGAAUGAGAUGCCAUCUCUGACAGCGGAAAACACUUCAUUCACCUUUAGGAAAUACUAAAAUGCUACCAAAACCAAGAACGAUUAGCAGCAGUACAUGAAAAACACCGUGCAUAUAUAUUACAUCAAGAAAAGAACAUGAAAACCGACAACCUAAACGACAGCCAGAAGGAACAGAUGUUAAGUUCAAUAAAGGAGUAAAUGUUUUUAAAUAAAUUGUA